AGCGCAGCGGCGGGCGGCGCAUUACUACACCUCACUCUGCGGGUCACUCACAUCCAUACACACAGGAGCAGAUCCUGCGUUUAUACGUCCACGUUUAAAACACAAACAGCUUUCUGCUUCUGACUUUACACAUAUUUACCGGACAACCUUUGUUUAAGAAUGGCAGAUCAGCUGACCGAGGAACAGAUCGCUGAGUUCAAGGAGGCCUUUUCACUUUUCGACAAAGAUGGCGAUGGCACCAUUACUACCAAAGAAUUGGGCACAGUGAUGCGCUCGUUGGGUCAGAACCCCACUGAGGCAGAGCUGCAGGACAUGAUCAACGAGGUAGACGCUGAUGGCAACGGAACUAUAGACUUCCCAGAGUUCCUAACCAUGAUGGCAAGGAAAAUGAAGGACACAGACAGUGAAGAGGAAAUCCGAGAAGCUUUCAGAGUCUUUGACAAGGAUGGAAAUGGCUACAUCAGUGCAGCCGAGCUCCGUCACGUCAUGACCAAUCUGGGGGAGAAGUUGACAGAUGAGGAAGUGGAUGAGAUGAUCCGAGAAGCAGAUAUUGAUGGAGAUGGUCAGGUCAACUAUGAGGAGUUUGUCCAGAUGAUGACUGCGAAGUGAAGGAUUGGCUUAUCCUGCAUCUAUCUUUCUCUUACAUUGCUUGUCCUAAAAAUAUCACUCUGUCUUUAAAAAGAAAAAAAAGUCAAAAAUUUACUUGAGAGG